GAGUUAAAUCGUCCGUACGUUUUAGGGCGAGCAGGAGAGAGAGAGCUGGGAAAAGAUCUCCCUUCGCGCCGUCACGAAAGCCGCAAUUAGCACGGGGCGGACGAAGCGCGCGCGACGAAAAGGCAAGGUUGGAAAGAGCGUAGCGCAGCCAGGGCAUUCCUCCACUGCGAUUUGGGCGUUUUAGGGUUUGUCAAUCCGUGGCCUGUGUGUUCCACGCUUUUCAUUCGAGUGCCACUUUCCCCAGCUCGCGUUCUUCUUUUUUUUUCUCCUCUUUUUUUCCCACCGUUUUGUGUUCCUUUAUCCUACAUUGCCCCGUUUUUUUUUUUUGGUUGAGUGAAGAAGAAAAGUUACAGCGGCUACGAUUCUUUUGAUUCUUUUUCCGCAUUUUGGCAUUCGUUUUUCUUUGUUUUUUCGUCCUUUCUUUCGUUUUUUUUUUUCGUAAGUCUCCCGCCUUUUAGAUAUGGAUCGCUACCAGCGAGUGGAGAAACCUCGUCCCGAGACUCCAAUUAGCGAGAAUGAGAUUCGCAUUACCACCCAGGGAAAGAUGAGGAACUACAUCACUUACGCGACCAACCUUCUCCAGGACAAGGGAGCCUCUGAAAUCGUCUUGAAGGCCAUGGGUCGUGCUAUCAACAAGACCGUUAACAUCGCCGAGAUCAUCAAGCGAAGGAUUGCCGGUCUGCAUCAGAUCACUUUCAUCGGCUCCACUGAUAUCACGGAUGUUUGGGAGCCACUUGAAGAGGGCCUGACAACGCUAGAAACCACUCGGCACGUUUCAAUGAUCACCAUCACGCUUUCUACGAAGGAGCUGGAUACUGCCAACAUCGGGUAUCAGCCUCCACUCUCCCCGGAUCAAGUGAAACCAAACAUAGAUUUCGACUAUGUUGAAGCCGCAGACGCACCACCGCGUGGAAGGGGCCGUGGCCGUGGUCGUGGACGGGGAGGCCGAGGAAGAGAAUCUGGGAAUGGUAUAGCCCCAGCUGCUGAGUAUCCCGCCGGUGAAGCUCGAGGACGCGGGCGUGGAAGAGGUUGGGGCCGAGGACGUGGCCGGGGCCGUGGCCGCGGGACCGACUACGUCUCAGACGGUGCUGCUGGCUACGAAGAAAACUCUGAAGCUCCCCGUGGAAGAGGCCGUGGUCAGAUGAAAGUGAGGGGUCGGGGAAGAGGUGGCGGCCGCGGUGAUGCUCAAGCUGGAGAGGAAGCCCCGGUGGAAUAGCUGGUAUGUCCAUAGCCGUGGUUGACCGAGGGAGAGCGAGAGAAGUGAAAAAGAAAAGGGAGAGAGUUGGAUUUUCGUGAGAGUUUGGCGAUUCGAUCGAUCGACUCGUCGCAACUCUCUUGGGAGAAUGCUCGUGUUUUCGUUCGUCUUGGUUUUGUUUUUGGCUGCUCAUGAGAGAGAGAGAGAGUGGGAGAGAAUCUACUGUUCCUUAUAUGCGUGUGUGCUUUUGUCUGGAACCACAAACAAAGGUAUAUUUUACACUCGAA